AUGGGGUUGGCGGCGCGCAGGGGAAUAUGGGGUGUGGUGGAUCUGCAAUUGGUGGCAGCUAUGCUACUUGACUCCUCAUUUGGACAUCUUCCACUUGUGACUGUCUCUGGGAGAGUUAGAUCAGACACACCACUUACCGGCCAGCAAAGUGGUCUGCAAGCUUCAAUAGUUGAGCAACAUGUAACACAACACUACUUAAAGAAGACACCAAAGAAGGCUGGUGAGGAAUACUUGGUGGUAAAGAAGAUAAAGGAAAAAUGUGGUGAUGAACACUUGAUGAUCAAGGAGGAGGAGAAAGAUGAUGUCGGACAGUUAUCUACCAAACCUUAUACUGUUAUUCUGACACUUGGCAUGGUCUUCAUGGCUUUUAAAGAUAAUUCUGGAAAAAUUACAAUUCAACGUCCAAGAAACGGUGGGCCAUUUCAUGUUUCAAGCUGUAGCAUUGAUCAAAUUAUUUCUGGUCUUGGCUCUGAAGCCAGGUGCUACCAAUUUUGUGCUGUGGCAUUUGCAGCUUCUGGCAUGUUCCUUUUUGGAGGCUAUGCAUUGAACUGA